AUGAUCUGCCAACGCGCAAUCUGGCGCCAGUGCCGACAGGUCGCGUCUCGUCAAGUUCGCAACUUCUCUCAAUUUCCUGGCGGGCCUAGCUACCCUCCCUCGGCCGCCAUCCCGCUGCCAUACAUCACAGAGGUUUCAGAGCGCAUAAUCUGUCUCAAUGGCCCUGUUGACGAUACAGUAUCGGCUUCUAUAGUGGCGCAACUUCUAUGGCUCGAGUCCGACAACCCCGACAAGCCCAUCACCAUGUACAUUCACUCCCCGGGAGGCUCAGUCGUUGCUGGCCUUUCAAUCUACGAUACCAUGACCUACAUUCGAUCUCCUGUUUCCACAGUAUGUCUCGGCCAGGCCGCUUCCAUGGGCUCUCUAUUGCUGGCUGGCGGAGAAAAGGGCAAGCGAUAUGCGCUUCCGCACAGUAGCAUCAUGGUUCACCAGCCAUUGGGAGGGACACAGGGACAGGCCAGUGAUAUUCUCAUCUAUGCCAAUCAGAUACAGCGGACGAGAGAGCAGCUCAACGAGAUCUUCCGGAAACACCUGAAUCAGGCGCAUGGUACGGACAAGUAUGGGCCAAAGGAUAUGGAAGAGAUGAUGGACCGCGACAGAUAUCUCAGCGCACAAGAGGCGAAAGAUAUUGGUAUUAUCGACGAGAUCCUUACACGGAGGCCUUCAGAGAAGAAGGAGGGCGAUAAAGACGGACCAGAAAAGUCGUAA